UGAUCACAUGACCACCGACACCUGUGCAGGUCUGUUCACGCUGUUGUCUGUCGUCACGAUGAGGAAGGUGCAAGUUCUCAUACUUUUGGUCAUCAGUCUUCUUCCCCACACCGACGCAUUCUAUUGCGCAUGCGCGAAGGAGGCGGUCAACGUGCGACUCGGUCCAGGAACUAAUUACCCCAAGGUCUCUACGCUGUACCCCGGGUACUGUUUGAUGUACCACCGGGUGAUCCUCUUGAGUGGUGGUUACUACUGGAUGAAGGUCGUGUACGACGGUCAGAAUGCCUGGGUGGCUUCUAACUGGGUCUCAGUGACACCAUGCGAGAAGACAUCCCUCUACUAACAAGUGAAGCACUCAACUGAGGACCUGCCCAAGCUCAUCUCAUUCUCAUCGAACUCUCGUUGCCUCACACGUCCUCUACCUCCUGUGUUGCCUCCACGAAUGACUCAGGCUUACCCAACAGUCACGUGUGAUAAUCUGGUAAAGAGUUGUUAUUGAGAAUCUUUAUUGACUAUUUCGCUAGAGCUAGUCCGCUGAGAGGUGUUCUCAUAAUAAAAAUGAUUUGAACGUA